GCGGCAAGAGGAGCAUGAUAAAGCAAUGUCAUAAUAAUACCCACAGGGGAAAUUGGGGGUUGUAAGAAACAGCCUGUAUACAAUGACGUAGGCUGCUGGCUGUUUUAAUUCUGAAGCUGCCGCAAGAGGAGCAUGAUGAAGCAAGAUGACCGACAGUGACCCAUAGAUUGUAUAAAGACAGUGACCUUAGUCAAACGUUCUAGCAGUUGUUGUCCCAUUAUCCACAUCGACCAAACAUCAUUAUUUAUUUUUUUAUCGUCGUAAUACAUCUUUACCAAAUAGCCUGACAUUAUUUUGAAGAAACAUCGCCGAGGAAAGCGGACAGAUUUCGCCUUUCGGAGACUGCCCGCUAGUGCUUUCCCUGCGCAAAAAAAAAAUGGAUAAUGGCAAAGCAUCGGAUCAGAAAAGAACAGGCGCUUGCCAAGAGAAUGGUUUGACAAAUGGAUUCAAGCCUACACAAACUGACAACGGGAGCUGCAAUGUUUUAGGUUCAAACGGAACCAGUAGCAGUGGUAGUAGCGGGUGUAAUAGUAGUAGUAGUAGUAGUGGUGGUGGUGGUGGUUGUAGCCAUAAUGGAAUUGAAAAUGUCCACCAUCUUCAGGAGGAUGCCCAUAAUAAUGGGUCGCCUCCAAAGCGGUGCAGACUCAGGAGAAGAAUGGAUUCUGGCAAAAAGAACCGACCGCCCUUCCCCUGGUUUGGGAUGGACAUCGGCGGCACCCUGGUGAAGCUGGUUUACUUUGAGCCUAAGGACAUCACGGCGGAGGAGGAGCAGGAGGAGGUGGAGAGCCUGAAGAGCAUCCGCCACUACCUGACCUCCAAUGUGGCCUACGGCGACACAGGCAUCCGCGAUGUCCACCUAGAGCUGAAAAACCUGACCAUGUGCGGCCGGAAGGGCAACCUGCACUUCAUCCGCUUCCCCACCCAAGACAUGCUGGGCUUCAUCCAGAUGGGCAGAGACAAGAACUUCUCCAGCCUGCACACCACACUCUGUGCCACCGGCGGAGGGGCGUACAAGUUUGAGGACGACUUUAGGACGAUCGCCAACCUAGAGCUACAGAAGCUAGAUGAACUGGACUGUCUUAUCCAUGGUCUUCUCUAUGUGGACUCAGUGGGGUUCAAUGGCCAUCCAAAGUGCUACUUUUUCGAGAACCCCUCUGAUCCCGAGAGUGAGAACUGUGUCAAGAGAGCAUGUUGCCUUGACAACCCCUUCCCCAUGUUGUUGGUAAACAUUGGCUCAGGGGUCAGCAUCCUGGCAGUCUAUUCGAAGGACAACUACAAACGGGUCACAGGCACCAGUUUGGGAGGUGGUACUUUCCUAGGCCUGUGCUGCUUGCUGACUGGCUGCGAGACUUUCGAGGAGGCCCUGGAAAUGGCAGCGAAGGGGGACAGCAGCAACGUGGACAAACUGGUGAAGGACAUCUACGGAGGAGACUAUGAACGCUUCGGCCUCCAGGGGUCUGCAGUUGCAUCUAGUUUUGGUCAUAUGAUGAGCAAGGAGAAGCGUGUCAGCAUCAGUAAGGAGGACCUAGCCCGAGCCACUCUCGUCACCAUCACCAACAACAUUGGUUCUAUUGCUCGUAUGUGUGCGGUGAAUGAGAAAAUUGAAAGAGUGGUGUUUGUUGGGAAUUUCCUGAGAAUCAAUACUGUGUCAACGAAGCUGCUUGCGUAUGCCAUGGACUUUUGGUCCAAAGGACAAUUAAAAGCUCUCUUCUUAGAGCAUGAGGGUUAUUUCGGGGCCGUCGGUGCCUUCCUGGAACUACUGAGGAUAACAGAUGACCUUUGAGACAGAGACAGACCGAGGCGAAACCCUAACUCUCACCACAAGACACUGCUACUGACUGGACGAAAUGGGGAAAAUACAUUUGAAUAAUUUAACUGUUUUAAGAGGUUCUACUAAUUAUCCUCCUCCUCGUCUGCUGAUGUUUAAGAAAAUUGAUUUUCAAUAUUAUGAAUGCAGGCUGGAGGAGAUGAGGUUGGUGUUUUAUUUGCCACUGAAAAGCAAACCUGGGUACCUAUUGUUUAUAAAAACCCUAACUGUAUAUUGAAUGUGUGAUUAAGCCAAACGCUACUGACCCCUGAUCCUACGUGUGUAUUUGCUUUUGUUUACUUUUUUGUGAUCUGAGACCCCCCCAAAAAUGUAUCUUAUUGGUCCUUUAUUUUUAAUUUAAAUUGUAUAAAGUACUUACAAGAUGCAAGUAGUUACAUUGAUCUUUAACUUAAAGCAUUAGCUUACAAUUAGCUUUUGCACUUUUUUUCUAAUCAAUCGUCCUAUCCCAAUGUUCUGUGAUAUGAUUUGAGAUAUAAUCAAAUGUAUUACCCUACUGAAUAUGUGAAUCGUACGCAGUUACUCUUAUCAACCCAUUCUGUCAACCCGUCAUCUGUGGAUUUGCCAAUUUGUGGAAUAUGGACCAUUACGCAAUAGCUAAAUUUGACUGAUAAUGUUGCGGGUUGAUUUUGCUUAAUAAUACGCUGAAAAACCUUAGAACAUUUUACAUAAUGCAUCUAUUUUUAUCAGUGGCAGUAGAAUGACCAGUGCCCACAAUCCUAAGUCUGUAUUCACUUGAAUCCAGUAUUAUGUAUAUUCUUUCCUGUCCCAUGCCUUAUAAUUCCAUUGCUGUUUUACUGAAACAGUUAACUUUGGAACCAAGCCUUCAGUACUAAAUUAUCCUUAGAAACCUCACAAAAUAGAUCCUGUCUGUGACUCCACUUUCCAGGGGAGUUGGGAUAUGCAGAAAAACACAUUUUCAAUUCACACAUGCGUAUUAAUACACACAUGCACGUGUUUGAAAUAAGACAAAUAUAAGCAACCACCUAAUUAUCAUUAUUAAGUACAUGUUCCUCAGCAAAGCCAAAUCACUGACUCACUAAGCAGUGCUACGCAAAGUGUUCACCUCUAUGUGAAGAGACUUUAACAAUAUUUACUUACUACAGUUGUUUUCAUUGUCAUCAAAGAUGGGGACCAUUUAUGCCUGCCUUCCUACCUGUAAUAAUCAGUAUGUGCUUUAUGAUAGUAAUUUCAUAUUUGUUUUGGAUGUACUGUGCUGAGUACUCUAGUCGAAAGGAGAUUUGACUCUCCUACUGGAUCUCUUGGUUAAAUUUCAUGACCUUUCGUGAUGGCAUUUUGGUUUCAAGUGAAACUGCAUAGCUGGCCUGUGAACCGCUGUGAGCUGCAUACCCUUCUGCCUUCCUGUCCACUUCAGAGGGUCCCACGACCAACUUCCUCAUCCAAACAAUACAUCCAUGCUGUAUCUGAAAUGGCAUCCUAUUCCCUAUAGUGCCAUACUUUGGAACAGAUCACGCUUUUCCAUAUAUAAUUCACCAGUGGUGAUUUUAGCAUGUAAAUCUUGGUGUGGAAAACUCCCCCCCCCCCAAUUUUUUUUAGAUGCAUGCCAGCAAAGCCACUACACUACACAACA